AUGAGGAGGAAGUCGGCGCCGAUCGGCAGCCGGUACGGCCGCGUGUGCGAGGAGUUGCUGGACAUGGGCGCCCGGAUCGCCGUGCGCUCCUACUCGCACUGCCCCCAGACGGGGCGCAUGUACUACAAGCCCCCCUCGACUCCCGCCACCGCCAGCAGCAGCGGGGACACCGGGACGUCCACCGGAGGGGCCGACGCGUCGUCCGCGGCCGCGAGCAGUCAGCAGCAGCAGGCGGCGGCCGAGGUGGAGUUCCACGCCUCAGAGUUCAUCUUGUACGGCGACUGCGGCGGCAGCCGCGGUGGCAAGAAAGAAGCGACGCUUUGUUCGAGAUGA